AUGUUUGUAGACGGCACUUCAAUCUACUCAGUCAAGGAGACCGAUAUUCAUGAUUUUUAUCACUUCCGGGAUGAGGUCUCAUUGGCUCGUCGAAAAUGCAGGAAAAUGAUACACGAAAGUUCUGAUGAAGGACCUGCAAUUCAUCGAGGCCUCGAAAAGGUGGAGAAAACAAGGCUUCUGAACACUCUCCGCCCAUAUCUGCAAACGUUCCCAACUUUUUUGAUGGUGCAGAACCCCUACCGCAUACAAGCAACAUAUCUCAGAAGAUAUCGGCAAAAUUCUGUUCGAAGGGCAAGUGUCCCUAUAUCUCACAUUUCUCAAGAAGUAUUUGAUCUUCUGGUGAUCAAGAAUUCUUGA